AUGGUUAAGAAAGUUUUAUUAUUGGGCUCUGGUUUUGUUGCACAGCCAGUUGUUGAUGUCUUAAGUGCUACCGAUGGUGUUGAAGUUACUGUUGCUUGUAGAACCUUGAAAGCUGCUGAAGCUUUAGCUGCUAAAAGUAAAUCAAAUGCUGUUUCUUUAGAUGUUACUAAAGAUGCUGAAUUGGAUGCUGUUUUGAAGAACCACGAUGUUGUUAUUUCUUUGAUUCCAUACAUUUACCAUCCAAAUGUUGUUAAGAGCGCAAUUAGAUUAGGUAAAGAUGUUGUUACUUCCUCUUAUAUUUCUCCAGCUUUGAGAGAGUUAGAACCCAAAAUUAAAGAAGCUGGUAUUACAGUUAUGAAUGAAAUCGGCUUAGACCCAGGUAUUGAUCAUUUGUAUGCUGUAAAAACUAUUGAUGAAGUCCACAAGAAAAAUGGUAAGAUCACAUCCUUUUUGAGUUACUGUGGUGGUUUACCAGCCCCUGAAGAUUCCGACAAUCCAUUGGGGUACAAAUUUUCUUGGUCUUCAAGAGGUGUCUUAUUAGCAUUGAGAAAUAGUGCCAAAUAUUACAAAAAUGGUAAAUUAGAAACUGUUUCCAGUGAAGAUUUAAUGAGCACCGCUAAGCCAUAUUUUAUUUAUCCAGGGUAUGCUUUUGUUUGCUAUCCAAACAGAGACUCUACUGUCUUUAAAGAUCUAUAUCACAUUCCUGAGGCUCAAACUGUUAUCAGAGGUACUUUGAGAUACCAAGGUUUCCCAGAAUUUGUCAAGGUUUUGGUUGACAUGGGUAUGUUGAAAGAAGAUGCAGAUGAGUUAUUUUCCAAACCUAUACAGUGGAAGGACGCUUUGAGCAAGUAUAUUGGCGCUAAAUCCAACUCUAAAGAAGAUAUUAUUGCUAAAAUCGAUAGUUUAACCAAAUGGAAAAGUGAGGAUGACAGAGAAAGAAUUUUAUCUGGUAUCACAUGGUUAGGUAUGUUGUCUGACAAAAACAUUACCCCAAGAGGUAACCCAUUGGAUACUUUGUGUGCUACUUUGGAAGAGUUGAUGCAAUACGAAGAAGGUGAAAGGGACAUGGUUGUGUUACAACAUAAAUUCGGUAUUGAAUGGGCCGACGGUUCCAAAGAGGUUAGAACUUCUACUUUAGUCGACUAUGGUAAGGUUGGAGGUUACAGUUCUAUGGCUGCAACUGUUGGUUUACCAGUUGCCAUUGCCACUAGAUUAGUUUUGGAAGGUAAGAUUAAGGGCCCUGGUCUAUUGGCUCCAUAUUCUCCAGAAAUCAACGAUCCUAUUAUGAAGGAAUUGAAAGAUAAAUAUGGCAUCUACUUAAAAGAAAAGGUUAUUUCUUGA